AUGCAGCGCGAAGACGCCACUCUUACGGCAACACGACACUUCGGUCGUUGCGCCGAGCCGCUAUCCUGUGCCGGUCUUCGCUUUAUAGGCUUGAACGCACUUUUCUUUCCUGACACGUGCUGUCGUUCGAAGAAGCCCGAAUCGCGGAUUGGAUCGACAACACAGAUGGGAUAUCAAUGUCUGACGAGGCGCCAAGUAGGUGGCUCAGGAACAUAA